UUCUUCCAGAUUGUCAGCUUAAUGUUGGACAUUGAAAACCUUGAGAAGUGGGAAGAUGCUCACCAGGUCUCUCCGGGUUCUGCGUUACUGAUGCGAGUUGUGGAAGACUUCAUUCAUCUAAUUGGAGAUGCUCAAAAGCCAUUCCAGAGCUUUCUGGUCGUCACCAACAACCUCAUAAUCACCAUCCAGCGAGAACCAGUUUCGGCUGUUUCCAGUGACAUCAACUUCCCCAUGAAGGGGAGGAGAGGAAUGAAAGACUGGGCACGUUCUGCAGAUGACAAGCUCUUCAUCCCCAAAGAAGUCUUCACCCUGUCUUCUGAUGAAUCAGAUGACACACCGUAUUUCGUCAUUGGAGCCAUUCUGUACCGCACCCUCGGCCUCAUAAUGCCCCCACCAAAAGAUCCAUUCGUGAUCAGCUCAAAGAUUCUGACAGUGACGGUACGUCCUUUACCCAAGCCCAUCGAGCCCUUGGUAUCAGUAGAACUUGCCCCUUUGCUCAAUGGCACAACAGAUCCUCAGUGUGUUGUCUGGGACUACGGAAACCCAGAGGCUGGCGAAGAAAACUGGGACGCAGAGAGCUGCCAAACGUUCCCAUCGCCGGCAGUCUCCCACACCAAAUGCCUGUGCAGCAAGCUGUCCACCUUUGCAGUGUUAGCGCAGAAAGCUAAAGAACCGGGUAUGGGGCCGUCCAGUAUACCGUCUCUGCCCCUCAUGGUGGGCUGUGGCAUAUCCUGUACGGCUCUUCUCAUUCUGCUGCUCAUCUACGCUGUCUUUUGGAGGUACAUUCGUUCAGAGAGGUCCAUCAUCUUGGUGAACUUCUGCCUGUCCAUACUGGCCUCCAAUGUGCUGAUACUGGUGGGACAGUCCCAAACUCUCAGUAAGGGACUGUGCACUGUGACUGCUGCCUUUUUGCACUUCUUCUUUCUGGCCUCUUUCUGCUGGGUACUGACAGAGGCAUGGCAGUCCUAUCUGGCUGUGAAUGGCAAGAUGAGGUCCCGCCUCAUUCGCAAGCGUUUUCUGUGCCUGGGCUGGGGUCUUCCAGCCCUUGUGGUCGCUGUAUCUGUGGGUUUUACCCGGGCCAGAGGUUAUGGCACGCCAAGUUAUUGUUGGUUGUCUCUGGAAGGAGGGCUGCUCUAUGCUUUUGUCGGUCCCGCUGCUGUCAUUGUACUGGUGAACAUGCUGAUUGGAAUAGUGGUCUUCAACAAACUCAUGUCUAGAGAUGGCAUCUCAGACAAGUCCAAAAAGCAGAGAGCAGGUCCGCCGUUGGAAGCGCGUAGCAGGCUGCUCCUGAAAUGCUCCAAGUGCGGUGUGAUCUCCAGUACUGCCCUGUCCAGCUCUACCGCCAGCAGCGCCAUGGCAUCGUUAUGGAGCUCUUGUGUGGUUCUCCCUCUGUUGGCACUCACAUGGAUGUCAGCUGUGCUAGCCAUCACAGACCGCCGAUCAACUCUCUUCCAGGUGCUCUUUGCGGUCUUUGAUUCAGUCCAGGGAUUCGUCAUCAUCACCGUGCACUGUGCCAUGCGCCGAGAGGUGCAGGACGCUGUGCGCUGCAGGAUGGGUGGUUGCAAAGAUGACAGUGAAAACUCUCCGGACUCCUGCAAGAAUGGCCAGGUGCAGAUCAUGAGGUGCCCGCACCGGCCCAGCCUCUACAGUCAGGAGCAGUGCGGCUCUCUCCGAUAUUCACCUGGGUGCUGCCAAGGCUGCCACCAAACCUGCCCCGCCCACCCUCCUCUAGCCUUGGCCAAUCACAGUCAUGGACAUAGCCAUAACCACACCCACAUUCUUCACCAGAACCACACUCAGACUCUAAACCACACCCACCUUCUCAAUCACAACCAUGCCCACAGCCUCAAUGACAACCAUGUCCAUACUCUCAACCACACCCUCGACAAGAACCACGCCCUGAGCCUCAACCACUUUCAUACGCUUAACCACAACCAUGCCCACGUUCUCCACCAGACGCAUAACCUUGUAUUGGAGCAAAACCACAUCACUACGGACUUUGAGAAAGACGUGGAUUUGGCGUGUCAAACAGAAAGAGGACACCCGUUCAUCUUUAAGGAGGUAAACACCUGUAACCCUGCUACCAUAACUGGCACUCUAUCCCGCAUCUCUCUGGACGACGAGGAUGACCCCAAGUUGGCGGCUCAUCAGGAAGGCAUUAAUUUCAGCAGCCUGCCUGGGAACAUCCCACCCCCUAACCUCCUGGUGCAGGUACCUCCUUUGGGUCCCCUGAAUGAGCUAAGCGAGCAGCCACUAAAGAAAGAGGUUAAUGUGGAGCAACAAGGUCAGCAUCAACAAUCUGGACCCAUCUACCUGUGCACCGAGAGUGGGCUAGGUUGGGCCCGACCAAACCCUUCUUCCACCCAGGAUUCAGCUGGUGGCGGAGGUGGGGAAGGGGACUACAUGGUGUUGCCUCGUCGGACAGUCAGUCUCAAGCCCCCUCCUCCAGCCCAGGAUGAGGGGAAGCCCCUGAACAUUACAAUGGAUGACCCUCCCUUUCCUCCACCCCCUUCACCCUUGACUCUGCAUCCAGCAGAGAGUGAGGCAUACCCCGCAGACUUUACAGCUGUGGACCACAUCAGCAUGAACCUAAACCGCUCCUACGGCACGCUCAAACAGUUGCCGGCCCACACUGGGCACACGCACUCCCACACCAACACCCACACCCUACAGGUCAAGCAGAAUCGUCCCUCUGUCCGGCAGAUCCUCACCUCGGGAACAGUGGAGCGCACCAGAACCCUUCCCCGUAACCUGGGCAGCACCAACACCAGCCACUCGGCUGGAUCUUUGGAAAGAAAAAGAGUACGGUACUCUGAGCUGGACUUUGAGAAAGUGAUGCACACUCGCAAAAGACACUCAGAGCUCUACCAUGAACUCAACCACUCCACCAAGUUCCACACCAUAGACAGGUAUAACAGGGACCCUGCCAUGUCCUCCUUCAAGAGGGAAAAGCGAUGGAACAUUUCGUCUGCCGGAGGUGAAAAGAAUUCUUCGAGUGACAAGUCCACCACAGAUGACCAGCGAUCCUGGGACAGCUUUAAGACCAUGACCCCUGAGCAGAUGUGUGGCUCCAUCGAACAUAAGGACAGACUGGAGUUACGCAAUAAACCCUGGGACACAUCCUCCGCCAACACACCUGACACAUCCGAAGGAGACUUCCAGACUGAAGUGUGAAGAGAACACACACCUACAACAAACUGAGAGACAACUAAACCCUCUUACGUACUCAUGCUGUCAGUGAUCUUCAGCAAGACGUGUUCUAAAGAAUUCUGUACUUGUUUACAGGUGUGAGGACAGACCAGAGAUGAAGAGUGCUCUAUUCUAUAUUUUCACACAGAGACAUUAAAUGAAAGAGUGGGGC